GCGUCGGAACGUGGUGGGGGAAGUGGAGGAGGAGGGGCAGGAUCUGCCUAUGGUGUUCCUCUGCGCCGGCUGCAAGCGGCCCGUGGGCGACACGCUGAGCUGGGAGGCCAACGACGAGGAGGGGUCCUGUGUCAUGCUGCGCAAUGUCACCUCCAACGUGCUGGUGGAUAAGGAGCAGAAGCUGUCCAGCCGGCCCGGCGAGUACGGCUGCAUGAUUGAAACGCUGCUCUGCUCUGGGUGCUCAGUGAAUCUUGGGACCAUCUACAGAUGCACCCCCAAACACCUGGACUAUAAGAGAGAUUUAUUCUGUUUCAACGUUGACGCUAUUGAAAGUUACAUCCUAGGAUCAUCAGAAAAGCAAGCUGUAACUGAGGAGGAGCCUUUAACUCUUCAAAGUCGAGGUAGCUUGGAAGAGGCACUAGAAAGGGCAGAAACUUUAUUAAAAGUACUGGAAACGAGACUGACUGUAGUUGAAUCAGGUUUUGCAGCCCUUCACAACAAUGGCGGAAAACCUUCCUGAAAGUAAAUAUACCAGGAAUGGCAAAACUUGGCUCUGCAUAAAACUCCAGAAUCUGGAGUAUGAUAUAGUCCUUCCAGGGAAAUGAGUGAAAACUGCAUCAUUUCUGUUAAUGGAACAGAACACCCUUUCUAGGAUGAAGGCUUCUGUUUUUUGCUGGUAACUGAAAGGAAGGUAUUCAAGAAUUCGAUUUCUCUUUCUAGGUAGAAGUUUUUUAUAAGAGUCUUCUUUUUUAUAAAGUUUUUGUUAACAUAUUAAGUGAUCUGAUUUUUUUUUUUUUUUAAUAUAGAUUACUUGCUCUGAAUAAACUGUAAUAUUGCUAGAUACAACUCAGAUCUCUUGGAGCAGAAUAUUCCUUUCUACUGACAUACUUGCUACAUUGGAUUUAAUGUUGUUUUUCAGUUUCCCUGCCAAAACUCCCGUGUAAGAUUUGCCUAGAUAACUUCUCCUGAAGUAGAUUUGCACUGUUUGGAUUUCAGUCUAGUGAGCAUAGCAUAGCAUAAUGGCAUAAUUUUUUAGUAGAUCUUCUGUCAGCAUCUGAGAUUGGGAUAGUUAUCCAGGAUAAUCUGCUGAAUUGGCAUCAUGACAUUUCUCUAAAACUAAAGUAAUAAACCAACCCUGAGCCCUGGAGGAAUGAAAGUUGAAUUAAUCUUUAUUUUAUAGUUUUCCUUUGACUGGCAUUGAGUUAGAAGACUUAAUUGGGGCAGAUUCUGCAUUGAAGCCUUAGGGUGACUCAAUUUUUAUUAACUUUUGUUAUUGACCGAAAAGAGAAUGAAGUAUCUUGUUUCCAGCUAAAUGUAGAAAACAAACAUGCAAUGCAGCUAAGUGGAGCUUGAACAUAGGUCUUCAACUUUAUUAGAUAUGAAGAAACAUAAUACUUGAAUUGAAAUAGUAUUAAUUCAUUGCAGUCAAUAGUGUAAUUAUUUGAGUUUAAUAUCUUUGUAAAUACUGUCGUAUACUUGUAAAAUUUUUUGGGAAACCAGGAGAGUUGGGCAAUCAAUGUGAAUAUUCAGAUUUUCAAUAAAAUGGAAAGAAAAGGA